CUGACCACGGUGUUUUACAACUCUAAUGAGCCGCAGGGGCCACCGUCCAGUGCGGAAGAGAUGUUUUCGCAUCCCUAAAAAGGCUGUUGACAGUGUUUUAUCGCCAACUGACUUGAAUAAAAUAGGCUUUUAAAGUUAAAAUGUGCAACGGCUGCGUGCAGAAAGAAUACCCGGACCGGGGCAACACCUGUCUGGAGAAUGGCUCCUACCUGAUGAACUACCUGGGCUGUGCCAACUGCCACCAGAGGGACUUUGUGCUGAUCAGCAAUAAAGCCACAGAGGAUGAUGAUGGAGAGGAGAUCGUCACAUAUGACCAUGUCUGCAAAAACUGUGACCACGUCAUCGCCAGGCACGAAUACACUUUCUCUGUUGUUGAUGAAUACCAGGAGUACACUAUGCUCUGCAUGCUGUGUGGAAAGGCAGAGGACUCCAUCAGUGUGUUACCAGAUGACCCCAGACAGUCUGCGCCUCUCUUCUAGACGUCACACCAGCAGGUCAUGAUUCAUGUUUUAGAUCGAGUGUCACCUCCACAGACGUGUUGCUGGCUGCUGGUUAUCGUCCUUUUAAAUUUUAAUGCACCUCUUCAAUUAUAUAUUCCAUAUUUUAAGUCCUUGUCUGUUUAUAAACCACUGUAUGCUGAUACCAGUUGAGCAGGACGUUGCUUUUUAUUAUCCAUGACAAGACCAGAUAAUCUGUAUGUGAAUUGAUGUACUGUAAAUAAACAUUUUUUACUAGUAAGGA